GUCGAAGAGGAGCUAAGGGCGCGCAUGGAGGCGCUGGGCAAGGCUCUCAUCCUGCGCUGGAGGGCCGACGGUGUGCUCGGAGCCCACAAGCAUCGACUUGGCGGCGCUCUACGGGCACUCCAUUCCACCCUGGGCCUGCCCGACGAUGUCUUCAACUCGUUCAAGCAGGUCAAGGUGCAGGGGGACAUGGAGCCGCGCCAUGACAUUGACUACCGCGGCAUCUGGGAACCCCUCGAGACGGGCUUCGAGGGCCUGCGAUGCCACUGCGGCACCGUUGUGUUCUCCUCGACGCCUAUGCGGUACAACGCUCUCCCGACGGAGCGAGUCGGCACGGCUGCGCUAGAUGGUCAGAGAGGCACUGAUCACCAAGCCCUCUCUGCCAUCCCACCGCCAAGGGGCGCUGGUCAUCAAGACCCCGAGGGCGCUGUCGGAGAGGCCGCGGGCGCUGUCGAUUCAAAUGCCGGUCCCGAACGUUUAGACGCGGCGCUCCUGGAGGCCGGCAGAGUUGGCGGGCUGGGCCCAGAGCAGCUCAGCUGGCUCGCAGCGGCGCUCAAGGAUCCGCCGAUGUCCACCACGCAGGAGGAGCAGAAGGCAGCAUCUUUAAACUUGUUCAUUGCUGAGCGUUUGGAGGAGCUGGAAGAGUGGAGACGAGGAAGCAAUCGCCCCAGGUCCUUCGUGCGCCUGCGCCAGAAGAAUAUUGCAGAGUUCAUCGCCGAGCGCGCGACCGAGCUGGAG